AUGGCUGCAGUACGUCCUCAUGAGAGCGGCGUCACCAAAGGGAAGAUCAAUCGGCGCAACAAUCCAAAGUCCAGCAUGGUGACCAUCCGACCCGAGGUUCACGAUGCGCGCAGCAACUCGAAGCCCAAGCUGCCGAAGCCCUUGACCCCGAGAGCCCGUCGAAUCAUCACCAAAAAGACGUCCGCGCUGAUACGAAAGCGUAAUGAGCUCGACAGGGUGCUCCUGCUUCAGGCCUUCCGAUCGCUCGACGAGCUCAGCGCUAAUGACUGGCUGCCCCGCGAGGAAAUCCUGCGACAAUGCGAGCACUUGGCAAAGAGGGAGAAGGAGUACAUUAGGACCAGGACAAAGGCGCUCGAUGAGAGAACAGCGUUUUACAAUCAAGAUCCUUCCGAGGAGCGAGCAAUUGAUCUCGACCUGAUCAGGACACAGCUUUGGAAGUUCAAGCGCCACCUUGGACCGUAUUUGGAAGCUGCAGAGGAGCCAGAGUCCGAGAAGGAGGUUGACAUUUCAUCUUCUGGCUCCGAUUCAGUUUCCAGCGACGAGGAGAAUUUGGUUCAGAGCAAGGUCGACGGGCCAGACUCGUCGGAUUCAUCUGAAGAUGAAGAGAAGCCUGCUGCUGGUCUCGAUGGCGCCUUCGACGACAUCAGAAACCCGAAAAAGAGAAAGCGCACCGAAUCGAGCGAUCCACGCAAGGAGUCAGGGAAAGAGUCACAAAAGAAGGCGCGGAAGGAGCAGACGUCUGCCAACACACAGUCAACCACCUCGAAGAGUCAGUCGGACAAAAAGAGUGCGCCUGUGCGAUCCAAGGAGAUGGAGGCCUCGCUCGCACAAAUCAAGAACGACAUCAAGAACAACACCAUGUCUCAGACCAACUUACCUAAAAUCAUCAUCAACGGUGCCAGUAAGGCGAAGGGGGAGGAGGGACCAGUUGAGGCCAAUACCGACGGCACGAGCGACAAAGUCGACCGGAGCGCCCAGAAAGCACCAGCCAGCAGCAGAAGCACCAGCAGCGCCAGCGAUGAAGGCGGGGUCCCAUUCUACCAGCGUCAUGCUAAGGCCAUGAUGCAGCCGGACUUUAACGACCUCGUCUACGACAGGCCUCAGCGCCGACGUGGCCCCAAGUCGAAGCAGAAGUCUAAAAGAGAAUACCUCGUCUCCGGCGCGCUUCCUGCUCCUCAUCGUCCGCGCCCACGCCAGAAGAAGACCAACACACAAAGCUCGUCGGCAGACGGACCUUAG